AUGGAUCAAGCUGGGCAAAGUUCCAUCGGCAUCAAGCGCAAGGCUUCGGCGGAGCCAUCUCCUACUCCGGACCUGAAGGAUCCCCACUUGGACGCGCCGAUCGAGCCUGGGUUCGAACCAGUCCCUUUUCAAGAGAAGCCCGCAGCCUUGGAAGAGCGAAACGGCGAGAUCGAGAUUCGAGUGGUGACCAACGAUGGAGACCAUGAAAACGUCCCCGCCUUGGCUGGAUUGAACUGCCUGUUUCAAUCUCAGCUACCAAACAUGUCCGCAAAGUACGUCGCGCGUGUGGUCUAUGAGCGCGCACAUCUGUCGAUCGCCAUCGUCAAGAAGCCAUUCGAAGUCAUCGGCGGAAUCACCUUUCGAGAAUUCCGCGACCGCAAGUUCGCCGAGAUCAUCUUUUGCGCCAUUUCCCCAAAUCAUCAGGGCAAAGGAUAUGGAUCGCAUCUGAUGGCACAUCUGAAGGACUAUGUGAAGGCAUCGUCCCCUGUGAUGGACUUUCUCACCUACGCCGACAACCAUGCCGUCGGAUAUUUUCAAAAACACGGUUUCACCAAGGACAUCACCCUGGACAAGAAGAUCUGGAAAGGGUACAUCAAAGACUAUGAAGGAGGAACACUCAUGCAAUGCACCAUGAUACCCCGGAUCCGGUAUCUGGAAGAAGGUCGCAUGCUUCACAAACAGAAAGAGAAUCUCAAGGCCAACAUCCGCACUCUGAAUCGAAACCAUAUCGUCCAUCCACCCCCAGCACAAUGGGCCAAUGGAGUCUUCCCAAUCGAUCCUCUUUCCAUCCCCGCCAUCCGAGCAACCGGAUGGAACCCCGAAGCAGACGCGAAAUUCCGAGCCUCGUAUCGCGAAUCUCGCUACAAGCAACUCCCCGAUGAGCUUCGUGUUUUCCUGGGCCAAAUUCAGAGUCAUAGGCAAGCUUGGCCUUUCCGGAAGCCAGUUAACAAAGAUGAUGCCUCUGGUUACUACGAUGUUAUCGCUGAUCCGAUUGAUUUGAGUACAAUUGAAAAGGCUCUUGAGGUUGGAGAUUACCCCACUCCUCAGGACUUGGUCAACGAUCUCAAGCUGAUGUUCGACAAUUGCCGACAAUACAACCAACCAACUACCCGGUACUACAAGUGUGCGGAAGGGCUGGAACAGUUCAUGUGGGAACUCAUCAGGGAAACCCCGGAGUGGAGCGAUGUCGUUGAAAAUUGUGAUGGAUAA